AUGAGUACUGUUAUAAACUACAGUAUUAAUUUGUUGUCACUUUUCGUUAUUGUAUCUUCGGUGUCAUUGAGUAAUAUUGAUGAUGUCAACACUCGUGAGCGAUAUUCUCCUCUAGUAUUGACACCACAGAACUAUGAAGUUUCUCCCGGCAUUAAUUACGAGUACAUUUAUGUUAAAGGAGACGAGAAUGGUAUUACAAAGGCAACUAUCUUGUUUAUUCACGGAUUUCCAUCGUCAUUUCACAGUUGGCGUCAUCAAAUUGGAUAUUUUUCACGGCAAGGAUACGAUUCUCUCGCGCCGAACUUGAUGGGCUACGGUAAGACAUACUCACCCUUGAACAGAGACGAAUACAAGAUGAAGUCAAUGACUGAACAUCUCAUUACUCUACUCAAUCAUUUGCACGUCAGUCAUGUUAUUGUCGUUGGGCACGAUUGGGGAACUCAUCUAGCAAAUCGUUUCGUUUUGUAUCAUCCUCAACAAACAUUAGGUGUUGCGCUGAUCAGUGGUGGAUAUUCUGCACCAGCGUUAUUCGAUCUUGACAAAGCAAUUGAGGCUUCACGCGAAACUAUUGGAUACGAAAUAUUGGGUUAUUGGAAAUUUUUUGAUGCAGAAGAUGCAGCAGAGAUCAUCGAAAAUAAUUUGGACAGCUUCAUUGAUCUUGCCUUUGCCAGUGAUUCGACACUUUGGAAAACAGAUUUAGCUCCUGUUGGAAAAGCUCGAAACUGGUUAAUCAAUGGAAAUCGAACUACUCGAGGUUCGUAUAUGACGGAAGAAGAUUAUGAAAUCUUUCGACGAUAUCUUGCUGAGGGAAUGCAACCUAAACUAAAUUGGUACAAAGCGGAGAUUGCGAAUAUUGAAUGGAAUGUUGAAAAGAAUCUCGAUCCGAUUAUUAGACAACCUGUACUUCUUAUGGGAGGAACAAAAGAUUAUGUAAGUCUUAUCGCUUUCUUAGAAGGACCAAAUCCAUACAUUGUCGAUUUGGAGACAAUUGCAGUGGAUACUGGUCACUGGGUGAUGGAAGAAAAUCCGAAUGCUGUUAAUCAGGAACUUGACAAAUGGAUCAAGAGAAUUCUAUCAACACGAUGA